AGCGCAGUUAGUUAGCAGGCUACAUUGGCUUGACCGAUAUCCGUUACCAUAGUGACUGUAGUUCAAGGCUCACUAUUGCGCAACGCGACAGCACUUCCUGUUUCAGGUGAGGCGUGGGCUGUUCACUUCCGUCGGACAGAUUCUGUCACAUCUGAGAAAAUAUCACUGAAAUGUAUGAAAAUGUUCCCACAGUAUCUGCUGUGGAGCGGCAGCGAGUCCUGCAGGCGCUCGAAAGGCUCCAGGCCAAGCUUCUCCAGCGAGAGGAGUGGUCCCACAGUGAGCGGCUGGGGGCCCUCAGCGACACGCUGCGGAGCCCUCUGCUGGGUCACAUCCUCACCCUUCAGCAUUCCAUCAAACAGCUAAAAGAGCAGCUGAACUGCCUGCCAGCCGACACCUGCAGCGAUUUUAGCUUCUCCCGGAAGGGGCAGCUCAUCGUCAGCGCCAGCCGACCACCCAGCAGCCUGCUGGGGGCUGCCCCAGGCUCGGUGGUGUCCAAUGGCUCAGGGCUCUGCCUGCCUGGCCGUCUCUCACCCGAGCAGCUGCAGAGAUGGAUCCAGGCGGCAGCGGAGGGAAGGCCGACUGAGCAGAUCAGCCUGCCGAAGCCGGUGUCCGGGGGCCUUGGCUUCAGUGUGGUGGGCCUCGGCCCCGACGGUGUGGGCGGCAAUGGUGUCUUCAUCCGGCAGGUGCAGCCGGGAAGCAUUGCACACCGAGAUGGACGGUUGCAGGAGAACGACCAGAUUCUGGCAAUCAACGGGAGCCCCCUGGAUAAGAACGUCACCCAGCAGCAGGCCAUUGGUCUGCUGCAGCAGUCAGGCGAGCGGGUCGACCUGGUGGUGGCCAGGGACCCGGCAGCCCCGCGCCGUGCCCGUUUGCCAGGGCCAGUGCAGUCGGAGCUGUGGGGCCACGUGGAGGAGAUCGAGCUGGUGAACGACGGCUCCGGCCUGGGCUUUGGCAUCGUGGGCGGGAAGGCGACGGGCGUGGUGGUGCGCACCCUGGUGCCCGGCAGCGUGGCCGACAAGGACGGUCGGUUGCGCACAGGCGACCACAUCCUCCGCAUUGGGGAGACUCCGACUCAGGGGCUGGCCAGCGACCAGGUUGUGCGGGUGCUACAGGGUUGCGGGAGUCGCAUCAGGAUGCUCAUCGCCCGGGACCCCCUGGGGGGACUGCAUGCUCCCCCGCCACCACCCCCAGCUCCUGCCGUUGCCCCUGUUUCCACACUGCCUCCGGUCCCGGGUCCCUCCCGCAGAGGAACCAGGAUGCCGAACCUGGAUGGGUAUGAGAUCCAUGAGGUGGUCCUGAGGAAAAAGGAGGGUCAGAGCCUCGGUAUCUCCAUCGUGGGCUACAACGCCAUGACCAGCGAGAAUGCCGUGGGGGUCUUUAUAAAGCACGUCAUUCCAGGGAGCGCCGCUGAACAGAGCGGGAAUAUCCGGGUCCAUGACAGGAUAAUAGCGCUGGACGGCGUCAACCUGCAGGGCUUCACCAAUGAGGAGGUGCUGGAGGUGAUGAAGCACACCGGCUCAACGGUCAACCUCACCCUGGUCAGGAAGAUGGCAUCCAAGGCCAUGCCCAAGGAGCUCUCCCUGGAUAAAGUCCACAGGGAGCCCUCCCGCGUGUCUCUGAAGAGGUCGUCCGAGGUCAAGAUCCGCACGGAUGUGCAGAAGGCCCCCGCCGCCCCUGAACUUGCAGAGAACCCUGCCUCUGGGUUCAGGUCACAGCUAGCCAGAGCACCGGACCCGGUGUUGCUCGCCGAGAAGGAGCUGAGGGUAAAGUGGGAGCAGGCGCUGGGACCGGAGUACACAGUUCUGGUCGUCGAGUUGGAUCCAGUGAUCGAGGAUGAUGCUGAGCUUCAGAAAUACUCCAAGCUCCUUCCGAUCCACACUAUGCGGCUGGGCGUGGAGCUGGACUCCUUCGAUGGACACCACUAUAUCUCCACCGUGGCCCCAGGGGGCCCCGUGGCUGAGCACGGGCUGCUGAGGCCAGAGGAUGAGCUGCUGGAGGUGAAUGGAGUGCAGCUGUAUGGGAAGUCCCGACGCGAGGCGGUGGCCUUCCUGCGGGAAGUACCGCCCCCCUUCACCCUGGUCUGCUGCCGCCACCUGAGCGCCGAGAGCGCUGACCUCCAGCCCGACGUGGAGGAGCCGCGGCCAGACGACUGGCUGAGCGGCGGACCACCGUUGUUCCAGGAACAGGCUAUCCUGGAGGAACCCGAUGACGAAUGGGAGGACAGCCCCCAGACGGAGCAGCGUCACUUUCUGGAGGAAGGGGAGAAUGUGGAAGUUGAGGAGGACGAUGACCCAGAGCUGGCUCUAUGGUCCCAGAAGAUCCACAUGUUAGAGCUGGAGAAGGCAGACCAAGGCCUGGGAUUCAGCGUUCUAGACUAUCAGGAUCCCCUUGAUGCCACACGCUCCGUCAUCGUGAUCCGUUCCCUCGUGCCUGGGGGGGUGGCUGACAAGCAUGGAGGGCUCCUCCCAGGGGACCAGCUGGUCUUCGUCAAUGACACUCACCUGGACGCAUGCGACCUGGCCCAGGCGGUGGAGGUGCUGAAGUCGGCUCUACCUGGCAAGGUCUACCUGGGAAUCAAGAAGCCCCUGCUGAUGGGGGCACCAGAGAGCAGCAGCAUCCCGGAGGAGGACGAGGACCAUGCUGGGACGCGAGAAGAGUCCAAGCAGGAGGAGGCUCUUAGACACUUUGACGCUCUGGCUGUACCUAAGAGUGCAGCACUGAGGCCUCCCUCACCGGAGGAGCUGGUGGACGACCUGGAGCUCAUCCUGGACCACUCCGUCACCCUGCCCCACUGCACCUCGGCUCUGUCCAUAGAGGAGACCGAGAUGGCUGUGGACGACGAGCAGCCCGUGGCGGAGAUUGAUGAUCUGAUAGACCACGUGGAGGACCUGCCAGCGUACUCCAAGCCCAGCACCUCCUUGUGGGCGGAGCCAGACGACGACAUCAACCCCCUGCCCACUGGGGCGAGUCUGAGGGGCGAGGAGGAAGAGGAGGAUGAGGAUGAGCAGGCUCGAGGCGAGUGGUUGUGGUGGGCAGGCCUGGAGCCCAGAGCGCAGUUCCCUCCCAGCCAGUCAGCAGCCGAAUGGUCUGGGCCUCCUGAAAGCAGUGCUCACUUUGACUCCAGGGCCAGUGUGUCUGAGCUGCCGGCAUCCGACACAGACACUGAAUCCGCCCCAGAGAAGUGGAGGACGCGGGUGAAAAGCAGCACUCUGCCUCUCAGAGGGCCACAUAGAUACAGCGAGUUACCGGAGCGUGAGGAAGGCGAAGGAGAGGAAACGCCUGUGUUCAGUCACUGGGGCCCCCCGCGCAGGGUGGAGGUGUACUCGGAGCCAGGCGAGCAGCUGGGGAUCAGCAUCGUGGGGGGGCGCACCGUCAUCAAGCGGCUGAAGAACGGCGAGGAGCUGCGGGGGAUCUUCAUCAAGCAGGUGCUGCCGGGCAGCCCAGCCGGGCGCUGCAAUGCCCUCAAGACCGGUGACAAGAUCCUGGAGGUGUCAGGGGUUGACCUGCAGAACUCCAGCCACGAGGAAGCGGUCCAGGUCAUCAAGGCAGCUCCGAGUCCUGUAGUCUUCAUAGUCCAGAGCUUAUCGUCCACCCCACGUCUGCCGCUUGUGGCAGCUCCCAGCUACAGCAAACCCCCGUUGCAGGACGCAGAUGCAGGGAGCGCCCCCCCCACCAAUGAGGCUGCCCCCACCAUACAGGCCACCCAGUGGACCAUUGGGUGACGAGCAGCGGGAAGACCUGGAGAGCGCCAGAGGGUUUAAUGGCUGACCGCUCUAUCGCUUCCGGCCGGAUGCUGGAGCCCCUGAUGAGUUGUAGUCGAUAGACCGACACGAUCAACACGACGGAAUUAGGCCGCUGCUGCUGGGCGCAGGGCGGGGGGGGGGGGGGGGGUCCUUUCUUCCUUCCGGAUCGUUGGGGCACCAGGCUGCGUUUCGGGCGUAUCCCAGGCUUUUGGGCUCGUCUCUGUCCUGUCGUGGUCUCUGGUGGCAGGUUUCGGCACUGCGUUUCCCUUGGUGGCUGUGGUUGGUUGAUUCCGUGUACUCCUAUGCCGUUGGCAGCCAAUCAGAUCUCUUUUUUUGGCUUGUAUGCCAGACCAGAAGCCAUUCCGGUGGAUUUUACCCGAGGCCUCUGCUCCCAUACCUCGCUUUCCAUCGCUCUCCUCCCCAUCCUUCCCAUCCUUGCCAUAAGCAGCAGCCCCCGCACUUGUGUCCGAUCCGUCAUCAUCUCUGCAUUUGUCUGAGACCUCUGUCAGUGUAACAUUUAUGGCAAUAAAUUAUCAUCCUGA